CCAUCCAAGGAGCCGAGUGGGAGUAUAUAAAUACGCCGGCGCGCGUCAGUUACGGCACCAACAAAUUCCGAACGCCAGCCGCUGGAGAACAAGAGCGACAGGCCUAGUCCCAGACGAAAGAGAGCAGGACGGUCAGAAAGGGCAGAGCAGCCGGCCGGCCGUGUCCCUGGGAGAGGUGGAAGAUAUAUUGGUCAGCUUUCCGGCGAGAUCCACAGAGCAAUACGAUGGGGCGCGGCCUUCUGGAGGUGCAUCUGGUCGACGCCAAGGGCCUCCCCGGCACCGAUUUCCUCGGGAAGAUAGACCCUUACGUGAUCGUGCAGUACCGGAGCCAGGAGCGCAAGAGCAGCACCGCCCGAGAUGCUGGAAGGAACCCGAGCUGGAACGAGGUGUUGAGGUUCCAGAUCAAUAACUCCUCCGCAGCCAACGCGCAAGAUAAGUUGUUCUUCCGGAUCAUGGACCACGACAACUUCUCCCGCGACGAUUUCCUCGGCCAAGCAACGAUCAAUGUGACCGAUCUGAUCAGCAUAGGCAUGGAGAGCGGCACCUCGCAGCUGAACCCGGCCAAGUACAGGGUAGUCACCGCCGACAACUCGUACCACGGCGAGAUCAAAAUCGGCAUCACCUUCACCGCCGCGAAGGUUGAUGCCCAUGGCAAGAUUGGAGAAGACGGAGCACAGGUUGGAGGCUGGAUACACAGCUUUCGUGAGCACAAGGUCUAAGUCUUCGGUCGUACAGAUUUAGUGUUGUAUUUCAUUUUUUUUCGCGGAAAGACUUGGUGUUGGAUACUUGGAUGUAGCAUGCUGUGUUGGUUGCUCUGCCAACUGCGUCAUAUCUCAUAUGCCUAUGAUUGAAUGCUGAUGUGAUUCCAAGUGCACGUAUGCUGGCUGGAUCAGGAUCUUGUAUAGCACUUAAGAUGUAUGGUCAGCACAGCUUAGCUUCGUCAAAUUCGUUCAGGAUUAAGGUUCUUUUGAAAAAACAUACUCAUACUCCGUGUCGAA